CGCCGCGCCAUACACUACAAAUGCUAAGCGUGCAACCAUCAUAAAUAUAUUUUUAUUAUUACAACAUCGUUCUGAUAGUGUCGCAGUUGUUGUCAUAAAUUUUUAUCAUAUUUGAACGAGCAUCGAUGACGCCGUCAUGAAGGGGGGUUGUCAUCGCGAUUUUUCCGCGAACCGUCGCCACGUGGCGCAACUGCAGUAUUAUACGCGUCUCGCCGUUGUAACAUAAUAAUAUUAUAAGUUUAUAUUAUGUGAUAUUUGCGAUCGCUUUCGAUAUAAUACACCGAUUGCGUCAAUAUGUAGGACGCGUACCUAUAACGUUAAGUCAUGUCACCGUCCACGGUGCAGAUGCAGAACCUCAACGGCUCGCCGUUCACGGUGUCUUCCGCGCCGGAAUUCCGGCAGGAGGAGUCGACGGCCGUCGAAGAAAAACUCAUGGUAGCUGUGAGAAUUAGACCAUUAUCAACAAAUGAAACGGGUAGAAGCUUAUACGUGGUUGAUUCCAAGACUAUCGUUGUCGAAGAAACCGAUAAAGAAAGAGAUGACGUACUUCGACAAAAAAGGACCGGACAAAAACGUUACGCGUUCGAUGUAGUUUUUGACGAAGAUUCAACUCAGGAUGAAGUAUACGAAAAGACGACGAAAAGCUUGGUGAAAGACAUACUCGUCGGUUUUAACGCCACAGUGUUCGCGUACGGGGCGACGGGCAGCGGAAAAACACACACGAUGGUUGGACACGGCGGAGAGACGGGCAUUAUGGUCCGAGCAAUAAGCGAUUUGUUCGACAUAGUGAGCAAAAACGCUUACCGGUACACGGUAAAAAUGUCGUAUUUAGAAAUAUACAACGAGAAUAUCCGGGACCUCUUAAACCCGGCGUCGGGUUUUCUAGAGCUUCGCGAAGACACGUCCAGAAAUCGUAACAUACAAGUGACCGGACUGUCGGAAGUUGUAGUAGUAUCUAUUGACGAGGUGAUGGGGCUGCUGCACCAAGGCAACCGGCAGAGGACGGUGGAGCCGACGGGUGUGAACAAAACGUCUUCCAGGAGUCACGCGCUGCUCAGCGUGACGGUGUGCAAGGCAUCCAGGACAGCAACGGCCGUGCGGCAAGGCAGGUUGUUCAUGAUCGACCUGGCGGGCUCGGAGAGAGCUAGCUUCACUAAGAAUCGAGGAAAACGACUAAAAGAAGGGGCGCACAUCAACAGGUCUCUGCUGGCCUUGGGAAACUGCAUAAACGCCCUGAGUGGAGGCACGAACCCGCGAUUCGUCAACUACCGGGACAGCAAACUCACCCGGUUGCUUCGUGAGUCCUUAAGCGGAAAUUGUCGGACUGUCAUGAUCGCACACGUUAGCUCAGCAACGUCGCACAAGGAUGAGACCAGAAACACCUUGAUCUACGCCGCUAGAGCCAGUGGAAUCUCGCACAAAGUCGAGCGAAACGUUUUAAACGUGUCGUUUCAGGUGAAUCAGUACAGAUCGGUUAUAUCAGACCUGCGCAACGAAAUCUCUCGGCUGAGGACAAAACUGGAUGAGGGCCGGGCAAAAUCUUCGAGUGGCCAGCACAGUGACACGCCUGUAAACCAGAUAAGGGACCAGAUUGUGGGCACGUUCCGCGAACAAAUGAAGCUCAGGCGAAAGUUGAUGGAUAUCGAUGGACACCUGUUGUCGCUGGGCGUAGAAGCCGAACGGCAACACCAAAUAAUCAGCCAAUGGGAGUCGAGAAACAAUAAACUUUACUGCCGGCGAACCAGCAGCCAGCGAAGGCCGAACACCAAGAGUUCUAAUAAUACGUCAAACACCGAUUCUUUCGACAACGACCAGCUAAACAUGCACCAAGCGUGGUCAGAUCUAAGUUACAUUGAACACGAACAGGAAAGGUACGUGGCACUCAGGUCUAAGACCGUUAGCGAACUGGACACCGUUAGACAACAAGCAGUGGCCCUAGAAAAUAAUCUUCCUAAACGUUUGGAUUCUGAGACAGAACGCGAGCUGCUCUCGUUAAUAUGUCGCGUGCACGAAUUGGAAGCCGACAAAAUGGCGUUACAGGGUGAACGGCUAGUCGAAUCGUACGAGCUGCGCCGCAGAGGAGAUCUGUUACACAAGAUGCACCGUCAACAACGCAUUACCGAUGACAUCAUCACGAAACAGCGGCAGAUUAUCGAAGGUCAAAACGUGCCGUUGCCGACCGACUUGAAAGAGCUGUAUCGAUCGUAUCAGCAAGAAAUACACGCCAACUCUUACAAUACGGAUGUAAACACCAUACCAUUAACGCCUACCAUACAGUCAAUUGACAAGAGUUUCGAAAAAGCAACCAUUGACGACCAGCCAGACAAAAAUGGGACGUAUACCGAAAAUGGAACUGGUCAACCGAUUACGCCGGAAUCGAGACUAUGCACAACUUCGAGCAACGAGAGCUUGGCGGCUGGCUUCGACUGGGAAAAGGACCUAGGAAGUUUGCCGCCCAUCAAUCAAUCGGUUGUCGUUCCACACUCCAGAGACGAAAUUCCAUCGCCCGUUCCGGCUUCUGUGCUGUUUCCGCCGAUUUCCAAUCGCUUUAAAUGAGGUUUAUCGAUUCUUCCCGUCCACUCGUUCACGUCUAAAACAUAAACAAAAAUAACAUGGUUAUAGGUUAUACCGUACAGAUGUCGCGUAUCGUGUAAUAUAGGUAGGUACCUACUACCUACUGACAUUUUUUUUUCAAUACAUCGAUGUAAUACAUAAAUAUUUAUAUAUCCAUACGGAUGACAAUUCUAGACCAUGUUCAAUGUUCAUACUAUGAAAAUUGUAUACAUAGUUUGCAAUGCAAUAGCUUGCUUUCAAAAUUAGCACCUUGCAAAAAAUGUCGAUAAAAAAAUCAAAACAUAAUUUAGUAAACUUUUUAAUAUUU